UUUACGUUUUAUUCUUCAAUUCUGUAAAGAGAAAUGUUUAUUAGAAAUCUGCAUAUAUUUGUUAUUAAAGAGCUCCCUCCUCUGGCUGACGAUAAGUCUAGCCGCGCAAACAAAUGGUGUGAUUGAUCACAGUUUCCACAAAUGAAAAGAAAGAUCGUCACCGCCACUGGCGAAUCUAAACCAAUGGGAAUCGCAAGAAUCGAUGAAGGGGCGGGACAUCAGCCAUUUGCGGCCGCCAACGUUGUUGUUGGAGGAGAAGUCGAUUCAAGAAGCCAUUACGCUGCGCAAUUGUGUCAAGACAAAAAACUUACUAUUUUUGCGUAUUCUACGCAAUUUUAUAAACUCCCUGCGUCCAAUUAAAAACGUAAUGGCAUCUCAGGCCAAAAAGAGAAAAACAAAUUUCUCCGAAAGGGAGGUGGAGAUCAUCGUGGAGGAGAUGGAAAAACAAAAACACAUUUUGGUCAAUCACUUUAACGCGGGCGUCACGCACAUCGCUAAGAACUGCGCGUGGAUGGAGAUUCUGAAGCGCGUGAACGCCGUCAGCACCUGUCUGCGCGAGCUCGCCGAAGUCAAGAAGAAAUGGUCCGAUCUAAAGACGGAGGUGCGGCGCAAAGUGGCCCAGGCGCGCGCGGCCAUGGAGGGAACGGGCGACUGCACCACCGUGCCCGUGAUCCUGACCUCCAUGCAGCAGCGCAUCUGCAAUCUGCUGGGAGAAGCGACCAUCAUCAGCCUGCCUGCGGCGGAAGCGGGCGCGGAGAUUGCGGUGCCCAUCAGCUCCGCAGCCACCGUCACGUUAACGCAAAGCAUUCAACCAGCGGCCGCAGCAGCGUGUGAGAUCAAAACUCUUGAAGCUGAGACCACGUACCACACGCUGGAGGAAGGCAUGGUGGAGUACUGCACCACCGAGACGCCCGUGACCGUCACCGCAGAGGCGCCGGUGGAGAUGCUGGCAGCGCAGGCCGAAUGCUCCGCCAAACCUCAGGAACUGAAGAGCCGCAUCGCACUCAACUCGGCCAGACUCCUCCAGGAGCACCGCGUCACCAACCUGCACGUGCGCGAGAUCGCCCAGCACCUGGAGAACCAGAACGACCUGCUCCAGAUGAUCCGGCGCUCGCAGGAGGCCCAGGCCUGCGCUCAAGAGAGACAAGCCCAGGCUCUGGAGGGCACGCAGGCCGCUCUGCUGGCCCUCAUUCAGAUGUUCAGACCGGCUCUGAAGGACCUGAGAAAGUUUCUGCAGAACGCUAACAGCUCGAACACGGCGACCGCCGCAGAAACUGGAGAAGGAGUGGAAAACGUGCCGCCGCAGCCUGAAGACGGACAGUAGAGCAGAACAUGUGACAGGUCUGGUCUAGAAUAGACUGUAAAUUAUUAUUGUACAGCACGGUGCCUCAAAGAGUUAGUGCUUGUAUGUGUGAAUGUUUCAGGGAUAAAGUGAAAUGAGGACUUUUACUAGCGUUUUAAAGAAGUGGCCAAAAUCUAAAAUAUCCAACAUAUACGUUUUACCUUUUUUUUUUUUUUUGCUUGAAGUGAAACAUCUUUUCAGUUUAACUUCAACUGUGGGUUUUAUUUUUACAUUUGGUUGCUUAAAAAGCAAAUAGAUGGCAAUGAAUUUGAUUUGAUUUUCUACAUUUUAUUUAAUUGAUCCUAAAAUGAACAAAAGCAUUGCAUGCAUUGAAUCCAAAAUCCAAAACCCAAAUCUGGGGCAGAGAUGUACAGAAAGCACAGUUUCUCCUAUUUAUGUACAAAAACUAAUGGCUCCUUUUACAGGUGAGGCCUUGGAAGACUUUGUGGAGGAUUUUGUUUCUUUAGUUUUUGACAAUAACAUUUUUAUUUAUGUAUGUUAAAUAAAGAAACUCUCCACACGUG